GCAUCAUCACAAGUCACAAAGCGUUGUGGAUAAAACAAAAUGUCGGGUCACCGAAGUGGAAGUGACCGAAGGAGUAGAUCUCGUGAACGCUACGCUGAUCAAGACAGUAAUAGCAACAAUAGCUCCGGAAUUAUUAACAUAAUUACUUCUAAAAAACAAGGUAUUAACACUUUUGCUAAUGAUGGAAGUUUCAUGGAAUUAUUCAAAAGGAAGAUGGAGGAAGAAGCUAAGGGAGAAACGAGUGGAACAUCUGAUGGCGAGGGAAGUAAAAGUGCUGAUGAAAAAGUCAAGAAAGCCGAAAGUUCAGUGAAAAGGCGAAGGAAUAAAGUGCUUAAGACUGGAAUGGUUAAGAAGAAGAAGGUAGAGGACUCUGGUGAGGAGCCUCCUCCAACUUCAGAUGCUUGGACUCGCUAUAUGGCUGAAGUUAAGAAAUACAGGCAGCAAGCCUGUGAUGAAGAUGGAAAGACACGACCACUGGUUAAAUAACAAAAUAACUUAUUUGUGGUUUCAAUUUAUGUAAAUAUUUGUACGUACGAUUACUGGUGAAAAGUGUGUUCCUUUCAUUUUUUCAUCAUUGUUCUUAGUUGCUGAAAUAAAUGUGCUAGAUAACAUUCUCAUUAAAAAAAAUUUGAAAAAUCAGUUUCUGUAGAAACUGAUUCAUAAAAAAUCUUAUGUACAGAAAAAAAAGGUUUUCCUCAUUUUUUUAGACAAAAAAUGUGGAUUAUAUUGAAUCAAUUUUCUUUAGCUCAUUAAACUAUUUAUUGGGCAAAUAAAAUACACCAAUGAAAAUUUA